UGCAGACAAUUGAGGGAUGGAGAUCUCAGCUGUCUUUAUUGGCCUGAUCCUGUCUCUGAGUUGGUGUGAGCUGAAUUCAGUUCUGAAUGGUUCUGGGGAUGGUCUGAAACAAAGGGCUGGGCUUACAGAGGAUAGGACUGGUGCUGGGAUCAGCACUAAGGCCUCAUCUGUACAAUGUAGGCUCCUGGGUACCGCUCGUCUACCUGCAUUCUCAAAGGAUGGUGACUACGUUAUUGGGGGUGUUUUCUCCAUACACUACUACAUGCACACAGUCAAGCAUAACUACACCACCAUGCCUGAGCCACUAAAGUGCACAGGAAGCAUUGACUCCCGUGAACUGCGCUUCUCGCGCGCAAUGGUCUACGCCAUCGAGGAGAUUAACAACAGCGUGGACCUGCUGCCAGGCAUCAAGCUCGGCUAUCAGAUCCACGACUCGUGCGCCUCAGUGCCCGUAGCGGUGCAUGUGGCAUUCCAGCUUUCAAAUGGCCUGGACCCGGUGUUUUACACCGACGACAAUUGCUCGCAAUCUGGUAUGGUGAUGGCUAUCGUUGGUGAGUCUGGGUCUACGCCAUCCAUCAGCAUGUCGCGAGUCAUCGGGUCCUUUAACAUUCCUCAAGUGAGCCACUUUGCCACUUGUGCAUGCCUGUCCGAUAAGCAACAGUACCCGAGUUUCUUCAGAACCAUCCCUAGUGACCAGUUCCAGGCUGACGCACUGGUCAAGCUGGUAAAACACUUUGGCUGGACUUGGAUAGGUGCUGUGCGGUCGGAUUCGGACUAUGGCAACAAUGGCAUGGCGUCUUUCCUGGACGCAGCGCAGAAGGAGGGGAUCUGUGUGGAAUACUCCGAGUCUUUUUAUCGGACCCACCCUCGUAGCAGGAUCCAGAGAGUGGCUGACAUUAUCCGCAGGUCGACAGCUAUGGUUGUUGUGGCAUUUGCAGCCUCUGGAGACCUGAGGAUCCUGCUGGAGGAGCUGUCGCGCAAGCCUUCUCCACCUCGCCAGUGGAUAGGCAGUGAGUCCUGGGUAACCGACCCAGACAUGUUGAGGUUCAGCUUCUGUGUUGGAGCCAUCGGAUUUGGCAUUCAGAAAUCUGUCAUCCCAGGUCUGAGAGACUUCUUGCUGGAUCUCUCUCCCACUAAAGUGGCUGCCUCUCCAGUGCUUACUGAGUUCUGGGAGGAUGCAUUUAACUGCAGACUGGAAAAAAGUACAGCCAUAGACGAGAGUUUGUGUGAUGGAACUGAAGACAUACAGACGUUACAGAGCCCAUACACUGAUACAUCUCAGCUGCGAAUUACUAACAUGGUGUACAAGGCUGUUUAUGCAAUUGCACAUGCAAUUCAUAAUGCAGUGUGUGAGGAAACAAAUUCUUCAACUCAAUGUGAUAAAUUCACUAGGAUAGAGUCCAAACAGGUUCUUACUCAGCUGAAGAAAGUAAAUUUUUCCCAAAAUGGUUAUGAUGUGUCAUUUGAUGCCAACGGGGAUCCUGUGGCCACAUAUGAGCUGGUUAACUGGCAAAAAAGUGAGAGUGGCAGCAUUGAGUUUGUGACAGUAGGGCGCUACGAUGCAUCACUGCUGAUGGGCCAGGAGUUCCGUAUCAACAGGAACCUCACCUGGGUGGAUGGUGGCACACAAGUGCCUGCGUCAGUGUGUGCUGACAGCUGUCGUCCAGGAACUCGUAAAGUGCUGCAGAAAGGAAAGCCCAUCUGCUGUUAUGAUUGUAUACCGUGUCCUGAGGGAGAGAUUAGCAAUGCUACAGAUUCCCCUGAUUGUUUCCCUUGCCCCAAGGAGUUCUGGCCAAAUGCAGAGAAAGACACUUGUUUCCCCAAGCCUGUAGAGUUUCUUUCCUUCGACGAGGUCCUAGGAAUCAUCCUGUCAGCAUUCUCAGUUGGUGGUGCCUGUCUUACCAUUGUAACAGCGGCUGUGUUCUUCCGUCACAGGACAUCCCCGAUUGUCAGGGCCAACAACUCUGAGCUGAGUUUCCUGCUGCUCUUCUCCCUGACUCUAUGUUUCUUAUGUUCAUUAACUUUCAUUGGAGCACCCUCUGAGUGGUCCUGCAUGCUGCGCCACACAGCGUUUGGAAUCACCUUCGUCCUCUGCAUCUCUUGUGUUCUCGGAAAAACUAUAGUAGUGUUAAUGGCCUUCAAAGCUACACUCCCAGGUAGUAGCGUUAUGAAAUGGUUUGGUCCUCCUCAGCAAAGAAUCACUGUAGUGUCUUUCACGUUUAUUCAAGUUUUAAUAUGUACUAUUUGGUUGGUUGUUAGUCCCCCUUUUCCAAUGAAAAAUCUAACCAUAUACAAGGAGAGAAUCAUCCUGGAGUGUGCAUUAGGCUCAGCUAUUGGGUUCUGGGCUGUGCUCGGGUACAUAGGUCUACUGGCUGUCUUUUGCUUUGUGUUAGCUGUCCUUGCCCGGAAACUACCUGAUAAUUUUAACGAAGCCAAACUCAUCACUUUCAGCAUGCUAAUAUUUUGUGCAGUUUGGAUCACCUUUAUCCCAGCAUAUGUCAGCUCUCCCGGGAAAUUUACUGUAGCUGUGGAGAUAUUUGCCAUACUGGCCUCCAGUUUUGGAAUAAUACUGUGUAUAUUUGCUCCAAAGUGUUUCAUCAUAUUGUUUAAGCCAGAGACGAACACCAAGAAACAUUUAAUGAACAAAAAUCCUAAUCCUAAAACAUCUGAAGUUGGAGUUGAUUUAAAUAUUUAAGUUUGUUAGUUUAAGUUUAUGUUUAAGUUCAAGUUUUUUCACAUUAAGUAUUUUCUUAAUUUCAAUGUCUUUUUUGAAAUAUACUAUUAGUAUGUUAUUGUCGUAUUUUACAAAUCAUUUUUUAUCAUGUGCUAAAUAUAUUCUAAAUUAAUAACAAAAAUGCGUGGUACAGACUUUUGUCUCGAUAUUUUGAGAAAAUCAUUGCUAUAUGAAUAAUAUUUCUGUUUGACUAAAAAACUAUUUAAAUAGUUGAUGCAGUUUGAAGGAGCUCAGUUAUAGCAUAUUACAUACAGUAUAAUAAUAAUAAUUUUGCAACAGUGUUUGCUAACUCCUGUCCUGCAAGGUCACCAAAAUACAUUUUCACAAGAAAUUACCUGCAGCAACUGUAAAAUAUGACAACAUAAAAAAUGAUGUAAUUCCUUUUACUGAUGUAGCCUACUAGCUCUCAAUUAAGAACACCUCUGAUUUGUAGAAAGUUGUUGAAGAAAACGUACUGAUGUCAAUCCUCAAUUUGUUGAAUAAAAGAAUAACUCGAA